GCGAAAUUGAGAUGGUGGAUUGAUAAUGGAUAGUGGCGAAAUUGAGAUGGUGGAUUGCUUUACGUACUUGGGGUCUAAUUUAUCAAGAGAUGGAGAUGUCACACUAGAUGUUACCAGUAGGAUCGAAAAGGCUUCCAAAGCUUUUGGAGCUUUGAGAGGUCCUAUUUUCAACAAUUCUAACUUGUCAGUGGCUACCAAGAGAGCAGUCUACAGAGCAGUGGUUUUGGCAGUGCUAUUGUAUAGAUCUGAAACAUGGGUGCUAAAAGCUCAACACACAUAAAGGCUAAACGUCUUCUACAAUCGUUGUGUGAGAACCAUAGAACCAUACUUGGAGUCAACAGAUUUGAGCAAUGUCAGGAGAGGUUAACAACACGAGUUUUAGCUGAAACUUUUGGCAUGCAUUGGACAAUCCCUGACAUCACAAUGGAGCAGCGAUUGAAGUGGCUGGAUCAUGUGGGUAGAAUGAAUGAGGAACGACUUCCAAAGAAACUGAUGUUUGGGGAAUUGAGGAAGACAAGACCUUGCCAUGGAACAAGAAAGAGAUGGAGAUAUCUAGUUAGUCAAGAUCUGCAAUUAGUAGAUACCAAAAACGUCUGGUACCAGAGAUGCCAAGACCGGAAUGGGUGGUUUAGUCUUUGUCAAAGGGGUGUUGAGAAGAAGAUCAUUUAGACAACAAGGCAAUCUCACAAGACACAGGCG